AUGUUUUUAAAACUUUUAAUUUUCCUUUUAAUUAUAAACAAAAUUAUUGCUUCUGAUUCUAAUAGCGGAGAUAGUGGCAAUGAAAAUUCUAAUAGUAAGCCCAGUGAUGAGUUUGUCGACUCUGUUGACGUUCGAGAGAAUGAUAAUGAGCAACAACCUUCCAAUUCAAUCGACAAUCAAAAUCUUCAAGACCCACAAUUUAUUAAAGAUGAUGAUACAAAUGCACUGUUAAAUAACGAAGAGAAUAAUCGCAUUAAUGAAUACACAACAGAAAAAAUUAAAAAAGAUGAGGAAGACCAACUAAAUAAUGAAGGAUCUAUUGUGGACAAUGAAUUUCCUGAAGAGGAUAAUGAUGUAAAUGGAAUAAACAUUAAUACAACUGCAAAAUAUCUCAAUGAUGUAAAUGAUAAUGAUAACAAUGAAAGUGAUGGGCAAGGAUGCGUGUAUGAGGUUCGAUUUCUUAACGAAAAAUCCCCUCGCUCUUAA